AUGACUGAAGACACAUUAAAGAGAUCUGCCUCUCCUGUUGAUGGGCCAGAUGCCAAGAAAUCGAAAACGGUAGAGGUUGAAACACCUAAGAAGGGUAUUGCCUAUGUCAAGAAGGAAUUCAUUGUCGAUGCCAAAUCCGUCGAAGUGAUUGAUGAUGAUUCAGCUGAACAGAACGGAGAUAGAACCGAGGAGAUCUCAUCUUCUAAUGGUAAAAAGGGUAAAAGAACCAGAGGUCAGAACAAGAACCGUGAGCUGAAACAACAGGAAGAAGAAAACAAGCUAUGUUCAUCAUUGAUUGAUCCUGACGCCAAUAGAACGUGUAAAUACGGUGCAGAGAAGUGCCGCUUUGUUCAUGAUGUGAAAGAGUACCUUGCACACAAGAAACCAGAGAUUGAAGGUGUAUGCCCUGUAUUCAAUGCGUUGGGAUACUGUCCAGCAGGAUUCAAGUGUCGUUUCUUACACUCGCAUAUGGAUUCUGAUAUGAACUUGAUAAAGGACCACGUCAAGAUGCAAGAGGCAGAGAAGACCAAUUAUGAGCUCAAUGGUGUCACAUCUGAUCAGAAGUUUGCGUUGAUGAAGAAGAAAUUCGAAUUCAAAUAUGCUGAUGAGGUUUGUAAAAUUAUGAACAAUAUUCAGGAUGAUAACAAGAAGAAAGAUGCUGCAAGAAAGAAAAACAGAGAUGAUGACGAGGACUCAACUGCACAGGAUGAUACGAAGGAGGCAAUGAACAAUUACUUAGAGACAAAGUUCUACGCUUCAGAAAAGAAGAAGUUGGACUUGGUGAACAAGAAAAUAGUUUCACCUUUAACCACAGUUGGUAAUCUACCAUACCGUCGUUUGAUGCGCACAUUAGGUGCAGAUGUCACGUACUCCGAGAUGGCUUUAUCAUUACCUUUGAUUCAAGGUACCAACUCAGAAUGGGCUCUUCCAAAGGCUCACUGUACUGAGUACCCUGGAUUUGGUGUCCAGAUUGCAGCAGCAAAGCACUGGCAAGGUGCCAAGGCUGCUGAGGCCAUCGCUAGAUACUGUCCAAACGUUUCAGAGCUCAAUUUGAACUCUGGUUGUCCAAUUGAUCUGUUAUACAGACAAGGUGCUGGUUCUGGUCUUUUAGACCAACCUGCCAGAUUGAUUAGAAUUUUGCAAUCCAUGAACUACUGCUCUGGCGAUAUCCCAACAACGCUGAAAAUCCGUAUGGGUACAAGAGAUGAACAUCCAAUUGCCCAUAACUUGGUGAAGAGAGUUGUUAAUGAGACUCAAACUGCUGCCAUCACCUUGCAUGGUAGAUCUAGGCAACAGAGAUACACUAAGGAAGCUAACUGGGACUACGUUGCAGAAGUUGGUAAGGCACUUCGUGAUGCCGAGCACGAAGUUGCUGAUGAUAAGGACAGACGUGAUUUCCAAAGAAUCAAUUUCGUUGGAAACGGUGAUUGCUACAACUGGGAUGAUUGGUACAGAGCAACCGAUAACGAGUACAUCGAUAGUGUUAUGGUUGCCAGAGGUGCAUUGAUCAAGCCAUGGAUCUUCGAGGAAGUUGACUCUAAACAAUAUCAGGAUAAGUCAGCUACUGAGAGACUAGAGAUGAUUAAGACUUAUGCCAACUUUGCCCUUGAGCACUGGGGCUCAGAUGAAUACGGAGUAAACCUUUCAAGAAGAUAUCUCUGUGAGUUUAUGAGUUUCUUCCACAGAUAUAUCCCAUACGGAAUCUUGGAGAGAUACCCUAUCAAACUGAACGAGAGACCUCAAAACUGGAAGGGAAGAAACGAGCUCGAGACUUUACUGGGUAGUAAUGAUUACAAAGAUUGGAUCAAGAUUUCUGAAAUGUUCUUGGGACCAGCAGACGACGGAUUCAAAUUCACACCAAAGCACAAGAGUUCUUCCUACGAAAAUAACAGAAAUUAA